AUGGCGCAGCAAGUCUUGGCCCCAGCAUCUCGCCAUCCCCUGCUGAGUCUGUGUUUGCUCAACAGCAGCAUUGCAGCCUCUGGCUUGACGCGACAAGAGCAGCAGGAUGCUGCCCGUAUCGUUCGAAUGAUGGGCGGCUCCUUUGCCAAAUCCCUUCUCAAGACUACCACCCAUCUCAUUGUGGGACGCAACAUCACGCCGAUCGAGGGCUGUACCGUGUCUAUCAAGCAACAAAAGGCCAUUGAGCACGGGAUUCGAAUGAUGAGUCCAGAAUGGCUUGAUGCCGUGCACCGUCUCGGCCAGCAAAAAGUGCUUGACAUUCAUGACUCAACCUGGGGCAAUUAUCGACUAAAGCCGUUUCAAGACUGCUUCAUCUGCUUCACCUCCGUACCUAUUCAGAUGCGAGAUGAACUGCGGGCCCCACCGGGGCCUCGGCAACUGCGAACAUGCUAUCAAUGUUUGGCCAUGGCUCGAAUACUACAUCGGUGCCCAAGCCCAAUCCAGCGCCACACCAAGCGUUAUUGCGUGAAGUUUCAGAAUCUGAUCGCAGAGCUGGCGUGGAUGCAUCCGAACAACAACGCCGCCAUCUUAAUUGGCCCGGCACUGUCCGCGUCUCGAGGUCUGACUUGGCUUUGGGUGGAGGUGUGCAUUCAGGAGGCCCUACUGCUGGACCCCUCGUGCAAUCCAUGGUUUCGCACCCACCAGCCCUUGCCCAUGAACCAGCUUUCUGGCGGCACACUCUUCGUUACCCACGAGGAUGACCGUUUUAGUGAGCAUGUCGGCCUGGUUUUAGCUGCACAGAGCUGGGCCAUUUCCCCAACCGCUAGCAGCGCCGACUUUUUGCUUUGUAGCUCUCAACAGGCACCCCACUACGAGACAAGCGAGCGUGCCAUUAGUAUGCAGUGGCUGGUGGACUCACUCGAACAACGAACAUUGCUUGAUCAGUCUGCGUACCACACUAUUCCUCUUCGCACCACUCUGCGGCUCGACACUAUUACUUCGGCCCAAUUGCUCUUGCACCACGGGGUGUCUGUAGCUCACGGUCCGCACUCGGAGGCCAGUGCGGUGGCUACGCCGCCAAUUCCCGCAAAAGACGCCGCUGCUGCUGCCCGUAUUUUUCAUGGCUGUAUCAUAUCUGCUUCUCGUGAAGCUUUUGCCAGCGGUGAUGACCUGCAAGCCCUCGUUGAGAGCGGCGCACCUACUUCCAUGAUUGCACCUGCCCACGAGGCGACCAAAUCAAGUGUGACGGCCUCCUCUGCAAUGGUGGCGCCAACACCCCUGGGACCGCCGCCACCCUCUGGACAAACACUGACGGACACCCAGUUGGAUACAACUAUAAGCGAAAUUGUGGCCAUGACCAAGACGGCGGGCCGUUUCUCUCGGUUUGGCUCCAAACGACCCUCGCUGACCCCUCGUAGCGAUGACCUGCCGGCCUCCGCCACCGAUCCAGCCAAUGAACCCGAUGAUAAUGCUGCGCAGUCAACAAGACCGGAACCCGAUCAUGACUCGGUUGUGGCACCGAUGGAUGAGCUUCCUGCCAAGCGGGCCAAGCCUGCAAAUCUUGCUGAGGCGUUGGCACAGGCUCGCAUCACGUAUGGCUCGUAUGCCUCGCAAGAUGAACCUGCUCUGAUCGCUAGUCGCACCGCGCCGAAUAAGGCGGUGAUUUUAAGCACCAGCAUCACGGAAGCACAGAAAAAGGCUUUGGUCGGGCUCGCCAAGCGCCUUGGGUUUCGAUACGAAACAUCGGGAACCUACCACGAUGCCUGUACCCACUUACUCGUUGGUACACCAUGCCGCAACGAGAAGUACCUGGCAGCCUGUGCCGCCGGCAGAUGGGUUUUACAUGCAAACGAAUACAUUGCUGCCUGUGAACAGCUCAAUGGACUUGCCUACGAGAAGGACUUUGAGUGGCACUCCCAUGAAAGUACAUAUGCCUUCGAGUCGGCGGUUUGGCGCGAGCGCGUGACCAUCCAUGGUCGUGAGGGCGGUGCUUUUGGGGGCUGGAAAGUUGUAUUAGUGUCGCGCAACCACAGCGCCUUCCGUCGCGUACUGGAGGCGGGCGGUGCGCGUGUUUUGGCCACGAAUGAGGACUCGGCGCCCAAAUUUCGAGCCGCUCUCCGCAUGAAUCCUUCCCAUGUUUUUGUGGAAUUUGACGAACACUUGAUGGAAUCGUAUGCAAGUGAUCUUCGACAAGUGUCAUGUCUGGUUAACAUGGAGUUUGUGGCCGUGCGCUUGGAGAAUGCAAAUGCAGACCCACGAGAUUACCCUGUGCACCUGCCCGCCUGA